AUGGCCGCAACGAUAUUGGGGAAGCGCCAGCGGGGUGCCAUUGAGACAGAAGCUUCCUUACCGCUACGCAGCAACAGCAGGCGCCGAAUACAACCACCCCGAAUCCAUCGAGAGAAUAACCAAGUCCCGGCACCGCCGACACGCCAACUUCGAUCUCGCACAAAGCACAGCGACGACUUCCAAUCAGAAAAUGACGCUACUACAAAAGAUUGCGUGGUUGAGGCUGGCCGACCAAAGAAAAUAGAUGUCCAGAAGGAGCAAGAACCGUACUCUUCAAAAAAGAAUUCCCUACCGGUUAUAUCAGAGUUGCCCGGUGGUAAGGGUCAUACGGCAGCACAAGAUGGAUCGCAGUCAGUUUGCGCAGACGAAAAUCUGAAACCUGUGCAAGUCAAAACCCCUUCAAAAGCUAGAUAUCGAAACGCCCUUGAAUCACCGCCGAUUACACCAAAGCACCGAGUACAAGUUGGGGGCAAAAGCCUCACACCCCGUACACCUCGCCAGAUAGGAACUCCGACAACGGCUCAGACCAUUUACACGCAAGCCCGUCAGCUAUUUGCGCGAGGUGCAAGCUCUGGGCGGAUUAUUGGCCGUGAUGCGGAGAGAGAAAAGCUUGCCACGUUCAUCGAGGAUGGCAUGCAAUCAUGCAGUGGUGGGUGUAUGUAUGUCAGUGGGCCCCCGGGUACAGGCAAGAGUGCUCUUGUUAAGGAAGUACUCGAGGGGCUUAACCUCAAACCUGUGAGAGUCGCACAGAUCAACUGUGCGAGUAUGAGAACCGCACGGGACGUCUACAGCAAGCUUAUUGAGGAUCUCUGUGACGACGGCGAAGUUUUCAAGAAGAGUGAGGCUGAUAGACUGAAAAGCAUGUUUUUGCCCAACAAGAAAGAAGCCAACAAGCAUGACAUGUUUCUGGUCAUGCUGGAUGAGAUUGACCAUCUCCUCACCGCGGAUUCUGGGAUUCUUCAAUCUUUGUUUGAGUGGUCAUUGCAGCGGGAGUCAAAGGUGAUGCUUAUUGGUAUUGCCAAUGCACUCGACCUGACUGACCGUUCUCUACCUCAAUUGAAAGCGAAGAAUCUCAAGCCUCUUCUACUCCCUUUCCUACCUUACAACGCCGGCCAAAUCGCAAACGUGGUAAUCAAUCGCCUUCGAUCAUUGCUCCCGGAAGGACAAACGGAGGACCCGAAUUUCAUUCCUUUUGUCCAUCCUGCAGCCGUCCAGCUGUGUGCAAAGAAGGUUGCUUCGCAAACUGGAGAUCUGCGAAAGGCGUUUGAACUGAUUAAACGGGCAGUCGACCUGAUUGAACAGGAAACGAUGCAAAAACUAGAGAAGGGGAUUCCAAAUAGCCCGUCAAGGACUAUUUUAGUAGAGAACAACAACCUCUCGUCAUCUCCCAAACAAUCACUGCCAAAGUCAGGCUCCGUGCUCCCUUACACAAUCCUCACGGCGCCUCGAGCUAGUCUGCCACAUAUCGCCAAAAUUACGUCCUCGGUUUUUGGACAGGGAACUACACAGAGGCUAAAGUGCCUGAACCUUCAGCAAAAAGCUGCCAUUUGUGCGUUGGUGGCACUCGACCGAAAACGGCGCGAGUGCGACAUCCCAGGAACCCCGUCAAAGUCAAAAAAUUCAGCUCCAACAGUCAAACAAAUAUUCGAUGCGUACUGCACCCUAUGCAGGGCAGACAAUAUUCUACACCCGUUAACGGCGACGGAGUUCAAAGAUGUUCUUGGAAGCCUGGAGACUUUAGGGCUUGUCGGUGAAUACCAAAGUCGAGGUAGAGGCGGUACGGUCUCUGGUGGCACAGAUCUCCGACGUACACCCUCAAAGUCCAGUGGAACAUCAUUGAGCAAGGCAUUGGAUGAACAGAGCCUUGUUUGCUUCGUAUCGCAGAAAGAGAUCGAGAGCCAGAUCACUGGCCCUGGCGAGGGUAUCCUUAGGAGGUUGUUCUCAGGUGAAGGCCUCUAA